GUCGGGAUCCUCGACGGCAGCCUCGAGGCCGCCCUCGCCGCGACUUUGACAGGACAAGGGGGCGCGCGCUCGAGCGAGAGCAGUAGGCACGGGAACGCGGCUCGUUCGGGCCGUUCUCCGGAUGUAUUUUCCAGGGGCCGGUCUCUCGCCGAAAGACGCGCCUCCCGAGUCCGGAGGCGAUCGAUACCGUCGCCGUGGGAACCGGGUCGGCUCGGCUUCGCUCCGAGUCCCUCGAGUCGGCGGACUGGCGACGUCGCGAGCGGACCUCCCGCUCCGAGCCAUGCCGAGACCCGGCCCGGUCCUGACGCGAUGGACGGCGGCGACGCCGCUGCCCCUGGGAUCGAGCUUCUCCGAUGGAACGACAUGCCGAGACACUUGCGAUUCAACCCCCACAUCCGUACCGGAUAUCGGCCCCUGAUGAGCUUCCGCGGUUGCGUUUCCAGUAUGCUCUUCCUUCACAACGAGAGCGUCAACAUUUUGACGCACGGCUUUGCGAUCUUCUAUAUUUUGUUUACGGUGCCGAAACUACUUCCAUGGUUCUCAGGGGGUAUGUUAGCAGGAAUUCUCUCUUGCUGUCAUUUGAUCGGGGCGACCAGUCCAUGGAUAGGUUCUUUUUUGUAUCACGUCUUCAUGAAUCUGAACUACGGAGAGAGCUUUUAUAGGAAAUUAUUAAAACUCGACAUGACGGGUAUCUGGUUGUGUCAAAGCUUCGGCGCUGUACCAAUGAUGGCGGCAGCUGUACAUUGCCUGCCAGGAAUUCCCUGGUACUGUUGUAUAGCGUUUUAUUGGUUUCUCAGUUUUUGGGGCUUGUUCAAGGCGAUGCACGCGAAAUCUCCAUGGGAAAGACGUUUAUGUUUUUCACCUCCAUUUUUAAUGAGAAUGCUCGUCCUGAUUUUGAGGUGCAACGGCAUCGGUGGCGGGUCUCCCGAUGCGCUUGGCGAUAUAAUGUUACAGGACCUGAUGGCGGUAAUAGGUGGUACUAUAGGAGCAAUGCGUAUUCCGGAGAAGUGGAUACCUGGCCAAGUGGAUUUUAUCCUAAAUUCGCAUAACAUAAUGCACGUCAUGGUCGUCCUAGCGGUAUGUUCUAUGCACGCGGCUACGUUGCGAGAUCUCGUUUGGAUGGCCGAUCCAUCUGCGUGCAUCGCACCGCUACCGACUUAUGGUCCGUGACUUUGAGAUCGCUUCCAUUGAAUCCGUGAUUUGAUACGAGUUCUAAAUUGCAAAUUCCGUAACAGCUCACGAUUCCUUUAAUACGCUGCAACGUUAAAUGUCCAAACGGGUCGAUAGAAUCAUAGAGCUAUAUUAUGAGAACAUGAACAAAUAAUUUAUUAAGUAGGUAAACUUUUAAAUGGUAACGAUCGUGGAAGAGCUAAAGUCGAUUCAAAGUACAAAGAAAAAAUAAGAUAUUUUUGAUGUGUUAUUAUCGUUCCCUUUCGUACGGUAUUUAGCGAAUGCAACCGACUUUGUGCCGAUCCAUCGGAAGCAUCUACGACGGCUUUAAAUACAUUCAACGUUCUUUUGACAUAAAUGAUGCUCUCUGAAUAUUUCUGCAGAACUCUAAACAAAUAAUAGAAAAAAUCUAUGAGGGUAAAAUGAGUUGAAAGAUAAGCACAUCAAAAAUAUAUUUAUUAUGUGUCCGAUUACAAUAAUCGAAUAUGUACAUACUGAAAUGCGGAGGCGGUGCUUCGAAGCAAUGUCAGCUUCUGUGAAGUAUUGAGAUCCACGACAUAAAAACCAGGGAUUAGAUGAAUAAAAUGUAUCCAAAAUAA